GGAAGAAAUUAAGAACAGAGACACUGAAGAGAAAAGGAGGUGAUAUGGGUCGACCACCUUGCUGUGAUAAAGUCGGUGUAAAGAAAGGGCCUUGGACUCCUGAAGAAGAUAUUAUCUUGGUUUCUUAUAUUCAAGAACAUGGUCCUGGGAAUUGGAGAUCUGUUCCUACCAAUACAGGUUUGCUUAGAUGCAGCAAGAGUUGCAGGCUUAGAUGGACUAACUACCUAAGGCCUGGGAUCAAACGUGGAAACUUCACUGAUCAUGAGGAGAAGAUGAUAAUCCAUCUUCAAGCUCUUUUGGGCAAUAGAUGGGCUGCCAUAGCUUCUUACCUUCCUCAAAGAACAGACAACGAUAUCAAGAAUUACUGGAAUACCCACUUGAAGAAGAAGCUCAAGAAGCUUCAGCCAGGCAUUGAUGACAAUACCAGAGAUGGGUUUUCAGAUUCUCAGCAAAUCUCCAAAGGUCAGUGGGAGAGAAGGCUUCAAACUGAUAUCCAUAUGGCUAGGCAAGCUCUAUGUGAAGCAUUGUCUUUGGAGAAUCCAAACAAUUUGUCUGACUUGAAACCCUCAAAUGGCUACUACUCUUACUUAAGCUCAACCCAACCAUCUACAUAUGCCUCAAGCACUGAAAACAUAUCAAAAUUGCUCCAAGGAUGGAUGAAGAAUUCUCCAAAAUCUUCUAAGACAACCUCAUCAGAGACAACUCAGAAUUCCUCUAACAACAGGGCUGGAACUGAUUCUUCUUCUAGUCAAGGCACCCCAAAUGGGGCUAAUAAAAAUGGAAAUGUAUCACCUGAUGAUUUCGAAAUAUUGCUGUUUGAUUUGGAGUCUCCAACACCUGAUGUCUCUCAAUCUGUGUCUCUAGAUGAUACAGUCAAUUUCUCACAGGAGAUUAGCCUCUUCCAAGAUGAGAGCAAACCAAUUCUUGGAAGUGAAGCCCCUCUCUCUUUUCUUGAGAAAUGGCUGUUUGAAGAAGGUGCUACUCAAGGGAAUGAGGAAGACCUGAUUGAGGCUUCACUAGGAGGAACUGGAGCUGAUUUUUUCUGAAGUGCUUCUUCCUUUUCUGUCUGUUUCAAUUUCUUUUUGUUUAGUUCCUUGUGAUCUUGGCCUUAAGCUGAUUAAUCAAAUUGUGUUCUGGGAUAUAUAGUGGGAAGAGGUCAUGAAUCCUUCAUCAAAGAAAGACAAGUGUAAAUUACAGUAACAUCUAUUAUGUCAAAUCUACAACUUUAAAAAAUAAACUCUAUCCUGUUCUCUUCUU